AUGCUCUGUUUGCAGGCGUAUGGACCUAGUAUGCUCCCUACCCUGAAUAUCGGCGGCGAUGUUGUUCUCGUCGAACAUCUAUCUCCGCGGAUUGGGAAAAUUGGUCAUGGUGAUUUGGUUCUUGUACGGUCACCUUUGAACCCUAAUCGGAACUUGACAAAGCGUGUUGUUGCUAUGGAAGGGGAUACUGUUACUUUCUUUGAUGCUUCGGGCUCUGAUUCCUCUCGAACUGCUGUGGUGCCAAAGGGGCAUGUUUGGAUUCAAGGAGAUAACAUCUAUGCUUCCCGUGAUUCACGUCACUUUGGUCCUGUUCCAUAUGGCCUUAUAAAAGGAAAAGUGUUUUUUAGGGUUUGGCCACCCAGUAGCUUUGGACUGCUAGAUAAUUGA